AUGUUGUCUCCUCAUGGACUUGGGAUACUGAUCCUUUUGGGCGUCGCAGAAGGUGUCCCGCAACCAGACGAAAGCCAUCAGGAAGCACUUCUCAAACACCAAGCUAAUAUACCAAGGGAUAACGCAAAUGAUGGCGUAUCUACCGACAUGCUUGGGGCUAUGAGUCCUCAAACAGACUACAGAACAAUGCCAGCGGGCACUUACACAGAGACAAUCUCAACAGGCCUAGUCAGGAUAAUCGUCGUCAACGAACCAACACCUACAACAGCCAAUCAAGGAAAAUGUCCCACAGAGUGUGAUUGCACAAGGAUAAAAGAUAAGAACAGCGACGAAAUGCAGACCAUGCAGAGAGCCAAAUCUCACAGCUUCAUCGUCAACGAUAAAGCCAAAGGCUACAUGUCCCGCUGA